UCCGACGUCCCAGUUCCGACUUCCGAGGUUCCGCAGCAUUUAUCCUUUGUUCUCUGUUCGUCAGCAGCCCAGAAGCGGGAGUGUUGAUAAAGCUGUAAGAGAGCUGCAGCAGCAGCAGUUGAUGAACUCUGGAAAGAAGUCCAGCAGCUUGAGGAACAUCUGGUCAAAGAAACUGGAGGGAAGCAGGAGCUCAAACAGCGGCAGGACGCAGCAGAGGAAGAGACACCAGAUGAUGGAUGAUGUUUUCCAGCCCAGAUUAGUGCUGCCAGCAGAUGUUAAAGAAGAGGCUCCUGAAGAACAGAGUCCUGAUGUGGAUCAGCAGGAGCCAGAGCUCCUCCAGAUAAAGGAGGAACAGGAGGAACUCUGGACCAGUCAGGAAGGAGAGCAGCUCACUGUGAAGGAGGAGACUGAUACCAGGUUUCCAUUAACUGCAGCUCCUAUCAAGAAUGUUAAAGAAGAGGCUUCUGAAGAACAGAGUCCUGAUAUGGACCAGCAGGAGCUGGAGCUCCUCCACAUAAAGGAGGAAAGUGAAAGAAUCUGGGUCAGCCAGGAUGAAGAACAACUGAAUGUGAAGGAGGAGACUGAUUAUCCAAGGUUUCCAGUAACUGUUGUUCAUAUGAAGAGUGAAGAGGAUGAAGAGAAACCUCUGCUCUCUCAGCUUCAUCAACACCAGACAGACGACGGAGAUCUUCCAAGCAGCAUCUCAACUGACCAGAUAAAAGCAGAAAUUAAAGAAGAGGACUGUGGAACAGCAGAAAUCAGCAUAAACCCAGAUCUAAAUACUCAUGGAGGCUCUUCCAACUAUUCAGAGACUAAAGACGGUGAAGAUGAUGAAGAGGAUGAUGAUAUGAAGCAUCAUGUAUCUGCUCGGGGCAUGUGGGAAAACUUUGUCUUCUCCAACAUCCCAGAACGGGCAGAGGAGGACGCUGAAUCCACUAUCUUGGAAUUUCUCCAAAGUCGGCUGAAACUCCCAAGUGACGAGGUUAAAAACAUCACAUUCCAUCGUGUUAACUGGCUCGGAGAUGUUAAAGAAGAGGCUCCUGAAGAACAGAGUCCUGAUAUGGACCAGCAGGAGCUGGAGCUCCUCCAAAUAAAGGAGGAAAAUGAAAGAAUCUGGUCCAGCCAGGAUGAAGAACAACUGAAUGUGAAGAAGGAGACUGAUGAUACCAGGUUUCCAGUAACUGUUGGUCAUAUGAAGAGUGAAGAGGAUGAAGAGAAACCUCUGUUCUCUCAGCUUCAUCAACACCAAACAGAAGAGAGAGAUCUUCCAAGAAGCAUCUCAACUGACCAGAUAAAAGUAGGAAUUAAAGAAGAGGACCGUGGAACAUCAGUAUCCAGCAGGAACCCAGAUCUAAAUACUCAUGGAGGCUCUUCCAACUAUUCUGAAACUGAAGAUAGUGAGGAUGAAGAAGAGGAUGAUGAUGUGAAGCAUCAUGAAUCUGACCUUAAACACUUAUCAGACUCUGAAACUGAAGACAGUGAGGAGGAUUGGAAGGAGAGCAGGACUCCAGGGUCUGGCAGAAACACUGUCAACAAAUCUUUGAGCUGCUCUGAAUGUGGGGGAAAAUUUGCUAACAGACGCUCUCUUCAGAGUCACAUGACAUGUCAUCCAAGAUUAACGUCUUCAGAUUGUUCUGGUAAUGAGACGUGUUUCAGAGAAAAGAAAAACAUAGAUUCACUGACGAAGUUUCAGACGGGUAGUAAAGAUUUUAACUGUGGUGAGUGUGGUAAAAGUUUUAACUUGAAACGAGAUCUCAAAAGGUACACAAAAGUCCACGCUGGAGACAAACCUUUAAUUUGUGAUACUUGUGGAAAAAGAUUUACCUACAAGUCAGAUUUAAACAGACACAUGAGAAUCCACACAGGAGACAAACCUUUUAGUUGUGAUGCAUGUGGAAAAAGAUUUUCCUCCAAGUCAGAUUUAGACAUACACAUGAGAAUUCAUACAGGAGACAAACCUUUUAUUUGUGAUGCAUGUGGAAAAAGAUUUGCCUACAAGUCAAAUUUAAACAGACACAUGAGAAUUCACACAGGAGACAAACCUUUUAGUUGUGAUGCAUGUGGAAAAAGAUUUGUCUCCAAGUCACAUUUAAACACACACAUGAGAAUUCACACAGGAGACAAACCUUUUAGUUGUGAUGCUUGUGGAAAAAGAUUUGUCUCCAAGUCAGAUUUAAACAUACACAUGAGAAUUCAUACAGGGGACAAACCUUUUAGUUGUGAUGCAUGUGGAAGAAGAUUUGUCUCCAAGUCAUUAUUAAACAUACACAUGAGAAUUCACACAGGAGAUCAACCUUUUAGUUGUGAUGCAUGUGGAAGAAGAUUUGUCUCCAAGUCAAAUUUAAACAAACACAUGAGAACCCACACAGGAGACAAACCUUUUAGUUGUGAUGCAUGUGGAAGAAGAUUUGUCUCCAAGUCACAUUUAAACAGGCACAUGAGAACCCACACAGGAGACAAACCUUUUAGUUGUGAUGCAUGUGGAAAAGAAUUUGUCUCCAAGUCAGAUUUAAACACACACAUGAGAAUUCACACAGGAGUCAAACCCUUUAGUUGUGAUGCAUGUGGAAAAAGAUUUUCCUCCAAGUCAGAUUUAAACAAACACAUGAGAAUUCACACAGGAGUCAAACCCUUUAGUUGUGAUGCAUGUGGAAAAAGAUUUUCCUCCAAGUCACAUUUAAACACACACAUGAGAAUUCACACUGGAGACAAACCUUUUAGUUGUGAUGCAUGUGGAAAAAGAUUUGUCUUCAAGUCAGAUUUAAACAAACACAUGAGAAUUCACACAGGAGACAAACCUUUUAGUUGUGAUGCAUGUGGAAAAAGAUUUAUCACCAAGUCACAAUUAAAGAUACACAUGAGAAUUCACACAGGAGACAAACCUUUUAGUUGUGAUGCAUGUGGAAAAAGAUUUUCCAUCAAGUCACAUUUAAACACACACAUGAGAAUUCACACAGGAGACAAACCUUUUAGUUGUGAUGCAUGUGGAAGAAGAUUUGUCUCCAAGUCAAAUUUAAACACACACAUAAGAACCCACACAGGAGACAAACCUUUUAGUUGUGAUGCAUGUGGAAAAAGAUUUGUCUCCAAGUCACAUUUAAACAGACACAUGAGAAUUCACACAGGAGACAAACCCUUUGGUUAAGAUCUUUGUGUGGACUGUUUUGGUUUCAAGUCACAAUAGAACAAACGCAAGAAUCCAAACUGGAGAGAAACCUUUUAGUUGUGAUGAAUGUGGUAAAAACCUUACCUUCAAGUCAAAUCUAAACCAGGAUGAUAGAAUUUACAGAAAAGACAAACCCAUUGCUAGUUAUGUUUGCCAGGGCCUCCAUUCAGCCUAGGGUUUUAACAGAUUUAAAUGAGUGUGUUUCAUCGCUCAUAGGUUGGUUUUAUGGGUUACAGACUUUUUAAAAGGUAGAGUCCAGCAGGUUCAACACUCUCUGACAAAACAAUUACCAGCACAAGCUCUCCUCAGGGAUGUGUUUUAUCUUCAUUGUUAUUCACCUUGUACACAAGUUCCUGCAAAAGCACUUUCCCUAAUAGACAUUUAAUUAAAUAUGCUGACGACAUGGUCCUUUUAGACGACAAAGGAGAGGAGCAUGGACUAGUUCAGACCUUUUCACUAAUUGGUGCAAAAAAUCCAAGUUGCUAUUGACUUCAGGAAGCUUCAGUCAUUCUUCCCAACCAUCAUCAAUGGAGAUCAAAUUGAGACUAAUGCUAGAAGUACCUGGGCAUGGUUCUGGACUGCCAUCUAAGGUGAUACUCAUGGGCUGACAGGGCAACUUAACGCCCUUAGAAUGUCCUUGAGUUCUGUUCAUCAGAACAGUCCACUUAAGAGGCAGUGUCUUGUUAAAGAAAAUUAGUUUAGGAUAAAACAACCUAAAUAUUGUUAAUUUCAUUGUGUUUAGCUUUUGUUUGUGGUGGUAUGAGGCUACCUGGUGAAGCUAAUCUGAACAGGCCUCUAAGCCUUAAGGCUAGUUUUAUUUGUUCUGUGUUUUAAAGUUGAAAAAACCGUUAUUUCAAUGAGAUGUUUUAAACCGUGAUGGUCCAGUAAUGGGAUUUUGCUCCAUUUUAUCUGUGUUUUUGUUUAAUUGCUUUUAGCUAACCUGCUAAAUAUGUGUUCCAGUGCUGCUUAAAACAUGCUAAAGGUUUAAAAUACAGUUUUAAAGUGAACGUUUAUUGUUCAAAACAAGGGUUUUUAUCCAACCAGGAGCUCUUUUCCCUUUUUUCUCCUCAGAAGCAACAAAACACUGAACUCCACUUUGACAAACUUCUUUAAAACUGUUAAAGUUGCACCUCUACAUGGAGUUUGUAUUAAGUCUAUAAAAGUCACAAAUGGCAGAUGUGGCACGAUUAUUGGUUAUAGUUUAUAGAGCUCUCUUUACCCUACCUGCUUCAUUAAUGACAAAGCUCUGCCAUGAAGUCGUACCUUUUCAUUAAUAAUAAGUAAAGACUGUUGGUUAGUAGCUGAAAAAAAAAUCACUGUACCUUAUUCUUCAGUUUUUAACUUUUUGUCCUAUUUUUUACUUUAAUUAUUGUUGUUUUAUAUUUUCUUAGCAAAUUAGUCUUCCUUUAAAAGAAAUUGUUUUAAUGUUUCCUGACUCCUUUAUUAAUUAGUCUUACUGCAGUAUCUUUGUGUUUAUGUCUUGGUUUUAAAAGGAGCUAUAAAAGCAAGCUUGAAUUGAAUUAAGCGGAAGAUCAAUAAAUUGUAUAUGAAUGAA